UCCCGUCGCUACUCGCCGCCGAGGAAUAACCGUCAGUGCUCUCGCGAUUGCCGUAUGUUCGUUACUGUUCGAUGACGCUCGGUCACGCGUCCCGAUGAAAUCGUUCGCAAGAUAACACACGGACGUCCUCUUGGUCAUUUUUAUUAUUCGUUUGCACGUGAACGCGCAUUGAAGCGAUUGACCGCUUUGAUAAGUAUUAAAUAAACCGUAUUCCGUUUGCGAUUUUCAACUUUUGGCUGUGUUUUCGUUCAUCAUCAUACGUGCCGCGUUUUCGUGAAAGUCUGUCGUGCCUCCACCCUAUGUCCCCGCUGCGGGCUUUGACUUAAGCUCGUCACACACACACGCACGCAUCAUACCGACAUAUCGUUCAUCACCGUAACCGAUCGUGCAAUGGAAAACAAAAAGCCCAAAGAGAAAAGAAGGAAUUCCGAAAGGCGCAAAGAAAAAUCUAGAGAUGCUGCUCGAUCUAGACGUAGUAAAGAGACCGAGAUAUUCACAGAUCUCGGUUCAGCAUUGCCUUUACCAGAAUCCGUUAUAAAUCAGCUGGAUAAAGCUACUGUGAUGAGGCUGACGAUAUCAUCUUUUAAAAUUAUGGAUGCCUUAUCUUCAAUUAAUAUUAAUGAAAAAUUCGACGAAAAAAAUUGUCCUCCAAACAUUAGUGAAAUCUGCAAUAAAGCUUUGGAUGGUAUUGUAUUAAUCUUGACAGCUGACGGAGAUAUAGUAUUUAUAUCGGAAAAUGUUUCCAGCUAUUUAGGUUUAUCACAGAUUGAUUUGAUAGGUCAAUCAAUUUAUGAGUUUGCUCAUCUUUGCGACCAGGCAGAAUUGAAAGAAAUACUUACCAGUAAAGACGUAGGAGUACAAAAGUCAUUUUUUAUUCGAAUGAAGUGCACUAUUACAAAUAAAGGACGCAGUGUGAAUUUAAAAUCAGCAUCAUACAAGGUACUGCAUUUUACUGGACAUUCAGUUCUCAAUACUUGUGCCCAAAUAAGAUCAACAAUUUUGCCAAUAGAAGAAUCAGAUUCAGACUAUGAAUCAGAUAAGAAAACAGAUUCCGAUAAUAAAUCAAAUAAUAGUGAUUUAAAGUUUAAUAAAGUUAAUGAUUUAUCACGUCAAAUAUUUAUUUCAAUUGCUGAACCAAUACCACAUCCAGCAAAUAUUGAGAUACCAUUAUAUAAACAAAGCAAGAUAUUUUUUAGCAAGCAUUUAUUGGAUAUGAAAUACAUAAUUGUUGAUGAUGUUAUUACAGAAUAUUUGGGUUAUGAACCAGAUUCAUUGGUUUCAAAGUCAGUGUUUGAUUAUUAUCAUGCUGAAGAUUGUAAUUCUGUUGAAAAAAGUUUUAAAAUAUUAUUCCAAAAAGGACAAGUGGAAACGAACAAAUAUAGAUUUUUAUCAAAAGGAGGUGGCUAUGUUUGGAUAGUUACUCAAGCAACUGUACUCAAUGAUACCAAAGGACAAAAACCUGAGAGCAUAAUGUGUAUUAAUUACGUAGUCAGUGGCGUGGAAUACGGCGACGAAAUAUACUCAUUGUGUCAAGUGCCAACAGUCGUUAAACCCACCAUAGAAGCCAAGCCGCUGCCACCUCAGCAGCAACCUGCAACUGCGAUCAAGAAAUCGUCCACCAAAAAGGUUUUCAGACCAAAGGCCCUGGUGGAUUCCACUACGUUUUUGUUGCCGUCUGGCAAUGGACCAGUUUACUUGGAUGUGAAAAAUCAACCGAAGGUACUAUCGGCACCGGCACGAGCUGUAGCAUCAUCGACUGCCAACGUCUUCAAGAAAAAGCAACAAGUCUGCUCGGAGAGCCCGAAAGCCACCACAGCCAAUAUAUUCGCCCCGCGGACCAAAGAUAUGAACAAAGGUUUCUUGACGUUCUCGGAUGACGACACGGGACUGACCAUGCUCAAAGACGAACCUGAAGAUCUAACUCACUUGGCUCCGACUGCUGGUGAUGUGUGCGUACCGCUGGACACGUGCGGCCUCGGUCACUUGGGUUUCGUCAUGUCCGACGUGUUGGACGAUUUGAUCCUAACCGACUGUUCGCUCGCGCCGUUCGACUCACUACCCGCAUCUUCUCUGCACGAUACGUACUCGUCAACCAGCUCACCGUCACCGAUGCAAAACGUUGGCGAAGAUCUGUCGCAGCAGACCGCCGAUCUGUGCGACCCUACCAUGUCCUCAUUGUUGGGAAUGGACUUAGAUAAUAGCCCAAACGACCUGGACCUCGACCUAUCGCUGAAAAACCAAUACAUACCCAUGUACGAAGACGACCUGUAUCCGCUGUUGUCGGGUGACUUACUUUGGGGCAGCGAUAGAUCUCCGUCGCCGAAACCGACUACGAACUGGCACAUACCUACUACGGCUAACAUGCAUGACACCUGCUGUAAAGAUGUUCCAACGUCACCGAGUUUGGCCAAGUUACUGAAAACUGAGGUAGCCGCUGCGUCUUGUAAACAGCAGCAACAGCACUUCGGCAGUAGUGACGGGGACUCUUGGGGGUCGAUUAGCAAAAUGUUGCAUCAAAGGUACAAUACGGGUGGUGCUAUUGAGGUGACAGACGAUCAUCAACUGGACAGCAUGUGCAGGACAAAUAGUGGCGUGAAACGGGUCGGUCAUAACGCGAGUCCGACUCCUUCGCCAUGGAAACGUUGCAAGCAAGAGGAGACGGCCAAACAAGGGACGUCCAACAGCGUGCUAAUGAACCUGCUGGUGAGCGGAUGCGACAACAAUGCAGUCGAAAAUCUUAGGGACAAGCUAGUAAUGAAAAAAUCGGCGGUCAAAGACGAAGCGCAGCCGAAACACCGAUCACGGCUAAAGAGCUCGUGUCUGUUGGACCCGGGCAGCAAGGCCAUACCGUCGUUAAUGGACCUGACCGAGCAGGACUACGACGUUAACGCGCCAGCGGACGGUGUGCUGUUGCAGGGUGCGGAGCUACUGAAAGCUCUAGAAAUCGGCAACAUCACCACGUGAACACGGAUUUCCAAUGACGACGACGAAGCAAACAGAGAGGAUUGUAAACACGUGUUCUCCCUCCACUGCCGUCGAAAUCUCGUGUCCGUCUAUAUAUGUGCAUACACACAUAUAUAUAUAUAUAUAUAUAUUAUAUUUUGUAAUAGAUUAUAAUUUUUAAUUUUCGUUUUUUUUCUCCGUCUCUCCAAUUCGAUUACAUAUUAGUAAACACUUCGUACGACAAUAUAAUAUAAUAUCGUUAUUACGUUGUAGUUGUAUAAUAUAUGUGAAUGCGCAGAGCCCGUCUGUUUACGUGCGACACACACGCACGCGGAGCAUCUUCGAAACGAAUGUUAUUAUUAUUAUAUUAUAUUACAACGACGUGAUUAUAAUAAUAUUGAAGCCGAAGGGUUCGUCGCGAACAACAACAUCGAUCGGCCAUCCAUGUUAUCUCCAGUCGCUGUUGGAAAUAUUUAUGAUGUGCGCCCGAAUUUUGUUUUGAUCUCAAAUAACAGGUUAUUUUCCGUCACUCAUCCUUAGGUUAUUAUCGUUGUUGUGUUCUGUACGUUCGAUGCACCAUAUUGGACAACAUCUACGUACAUCUUUAUGGUAUAGCAAUAUCUGAAUUGAAUUGUAGUAUUGCUUAGACGAGCAAUAUUGUAAUUAUUAUCGUUUAUCUUCUCUGCAAAUUUUUUCCUCGUGUUCGACACCUCGUUUCAACGUGUUUCGUAUACCAUGUUUCGCGUGUAUCACGCUCUGCAGGCUCUGCGUUAUAAAAUAUAUUAUACCUUCGACCUUUAUUGUUUUGCAUUUUAUAGUUGCUUGUUAUACCGCUUAGUUUUUAAUCUUCUUUAUUUUCUAUUUACUGAAAAAUAAUACGCAUUAACUACGUGGCGCGUGCUUGUGUUGGUUUUGGGAUAAAACGUUUUUCACUCCGCGUAAUAAACGAUUUAAUUUUUAUUUGGUCUAUCUCAUUUGAUACGAUUCCGAUAUGAUUAUUGUAAUUGUAAUUAUCAUUUUCAUUGUUGUUGUCAGCGAUAAACUCGUUACAAUUGAUCUUUAAAUGUUUAAGUUAUAAAAUUAACAAUUUCUUCUUUUUCUACGUUCGAUGUGAACUUUAUAUAAUCUCUUUAGGUUACCGAAAUUAACGUAUAAUAUGUGAUUGUAAUUUUAAUGUUUAUUUCUUUUUAAAUGGAGGGGACGAAUGUUUAAAGAUUGUAGUACAAAAAAAAAAAAAUAAUAAUAAUUUCAACCCUUUACCUGUGUAGAGACGCAAUUUAGCGUAAAAUAUAAGAGUAAAAUUGUUUUUAUUUUUUCUGAUUUGCGUCUUAUAUUAAGGCUAACGGUUUUUAUAAUUAUUAUUAUAUUUUUUUUUUCGUUAUCGAGGAAAAUGAAUACUGCAAAUGAAGAGAACGGUGAAAGUUUUGUAGUAUUCGUCCGAAUGCUCAAAUAUUAUUUUGUAUAAUUCUUUUUUAGAUGGAAAAAUUAUAUUUAGUGAUAUUUAUUAAGGACAUUUUUCAUGAUUGUAAGCGUAAUAUAUUUUUCGAUACAUA